AUGCCGCAGCAGCAGCCUCUGCAGCUCCCCAAGGUUCUGACCGAGUCGACCAAGGAGUCAUGGCUGAGGCCGCUGCACAACCUAGAGGAGUCACUGAAGUCUCUCUCCGUCGACGCACGCGCCGUCUGGGAUGAGGUUGCCAUGAUGUUCCCCCAGUCAUUCGAACAGGCGAACUUCUUUUCUCCUUCAAAGCCACACACUCGCAAGCCCGAUACGCAUUGGGAUCACAUCAUCAAGGGUGCUGAUGUCCAGAGCGUCUGGGUCGAGAAUGCCAAUGGCGAGAAGGAGAGGGAUGUUGAUGGAAAGCUGGAAAGCUACAAUCUCCGGACCAAGAAGGUCGACCCUAAGGCGCUUAAUGUCGAUAAGGUCAAGCAGUACAGUGGCUACCUCGACGAUGAGGAAGAUGACAAGCAUCUAUUUUACUGGUUUUUCGAGUCUCGAAAUGACCCUAAGAACGACCCUGUGGUUCUUUGGUUGAAUGGUGGCCCCGGCUGCUCGUCCCUUACCGGCCUUUUCAUGGAACUCGGACCCUCCUCCAUCAACAAGAAGGUCGAGACGGUAUACAAUGACUACUCCUGGAACAGCAAUGCUUCAGUCAUCUUCUUGGAUCAACCCGUCAACGUUGGUUUCUCCUACUCUGGCGGAUCAGUGAGCAACACUGUGGCUGCAGGCAAGGACGUGUAUGCGCUCCUCACCCUGUUCUUCAAGCAGUUCCCCGAGUAUGCUACUCAAGACUUCCACAUUGCUGGCGAGUCAUAUGCCGGUCACUAUAUCCCAGUCUUCACUUCCGAGAUCCUGUCCCACAAGAAGACCAACAUCAACCUCAAGUCGGUUCUUAUUGGCAACGGUCUUACCGAUGGUCUUACACAGUACGAGUACUACAAGCCUAUGGCUUGCGGUGAGGGAGGAUGGCCCGCUGUUCUCGAUGAGAGCGAAUGCCAGGCUAUGGACAACGCCUACCCCCGUUGUGCCAACUUGAUCCAGCAGUGCUACGACUCCGAGAGCGUCUGGUCCUGUGUUCCUGCUUCGAUCUACUGCAACAACGCCAUGAUCGGCCCCUACCAGCGCACCGGCCAGAACGUCUACGAUGUCCGUGGCAAAUGCGAGGGUGGCAGCUUGUGCUACAAUGAUCUUGAGUGGAUCACCUCCUACCUCAACAAGGCUGAAGUUCAAGAGGCUCUUGGUGCUGAGGUGUCGUCUUACGAGAGCUGCAACUUCGAUAUCAACCGCAACUUCCUCUUCCAGGGUGACUGGAUGAAGCCCUUCCACCGUCUGGUCCCUGGUAUCCUCGAGAAGAUCCCCGUCCUCAUCUACGCUGGUGAUGCCGAUUACAUCUGCAACUGGCUCGGCAACCAAGCCUGGGCUGAGGCGCUCGAGUGGCCCGGCCAGAAGGCUUACAACAAGGAAAAGUUGGCCGACCUCAUCCUCAGCGACUCUGACAAGAAGAUCGGCGCCUUCAAGGCUAGCGGCAACUUCAGCUUCAUACAGCUCCACGCUGGCGGCCACAUGGUGCCCCACGACCAGCCCGAGGCCAGCUUGGACUUCUUCAACAGGUGGUUGUCUGGUGAGUUCUGGGCGUAA